UUAGAAGUAGAAAAGUUAUUCAUCAAAUUAGUAUCAAAGCGGUUGAUCCGCUAUUUGAAUACGAUGGUUGACUUCUGGAACACCCGUUACCCUCAAACUCGCUUUCAAUCACCAUAGCUUUGGGUACCAGAACUCACGACAUCCUUAUCCUUCUAACGGCUAUAGGGGAAUUCACUACCACCAUAUAACAAGCGAGAGAUCAAGGAGAUGGUAUGUAUGUUUCACGUUCGUGUCUAUACGUCACCUACGACUCACAACUUUACCUCUAAACCAAUCCUCGAUUAUACCGUCCCUAGACGGUCACUUUGGGGAAUAGCCCUUAGAUCCUCCUUGAUUGUAUCAAUAGAAAAGGGUGUUAGCAAUGCCUAGCUCAAAGGCACUAAAGAGAGGGCACUCCAUGGGAGGCAACUCGUGUAUGGUGUCUAACUUAAAGGAAAUGAAGAAAAGUAGUGACGAGAGAUAAGUCGUCUUUGACUUCAGCACCAUCAUCAAUAAAGAUUUUUUACCCUAGAUUUAUGGGUCGUACCUAAUUAGGUUAAUGAAGGGCAAACCUCUAACUUGAAUUAGACACCAAGGUUAAAUGUGAUUAUGACGUCCAAACCUUGGCUUGAGGGAGAAGGUAAGUCAACCCUCAAUUGCGUGUUCCAAGAGGGCUACACUUGUAGCCUAUAAUGCUUUACUUGGCCAAGCAAUUGAGAGGAUGGUUUCUAACCAUUGUUGGACCUCUUAUGGGUGACAAUUUCAUUGGCACACACCGGUUUAUUCGAUCCCAUGGUUCAUGGUAGUUAGUUAGGGGGGAAGCAACUCCCGAGUGAAGCUUCUCACCAAGAGUUUUCCACUCUUUUACGUUUCAAGUCUUACUUUUAAAUAGUAGAUUGUAGAGAUGUCAAUAAACAACAUUCCACUAGAUAAUGUCUCAAACAAUUGAAGUAGGGGUACAUGGGCCGGGUCGGGCCGAGUUGAUAAUUAAACAUACUUGCCCUAUAUUGCACUCAUCUAAGGUUUAUACUUGGGACUUAGGUGGGAUUUUAUUCUGAUAUUCAGAGCAAGUCAAGUUUUUUGCGCCGUUGCCGGGAACGUUUGGUCCGUUAUCUUGGAAAGAUUGUUUGGUGUUAAUCUAGCAUUUAUUUUUUGUUUUGCUAAGUGUGAAGUUUUGCUUGUGCUAGACGUGUUGUGUUCUUUAAGUGUGUGUAGGGAGGUGUAUGACCCAGAUCAAUCCGACGAUUUAACACCACUAGACGAGAACAUCAACCGGACUCUCCGACUUUUGGCUCUUGCGAGGGAGCUAGCAGAAGCAAGAAGGAGAAUUGAAGAGAGGGGGCAACAAGUUGGUCCCGGAUUGGAGGAAUUGAAGUAGAAGUUGAGAUGGCGGGAAAUCAACAUCGAGGUCCUAAUCCGCUUCAGAACCAAAAUGACGAAGCGGGGGUUUAGGAAAAACCAAGGACUAUGGGCUAUUACAUGUCUCCACGAGCGGCGGAUAUCCAAUCUCCCAUCCAACAUCCUCCGGUGGCUGCCAACAACUUUGAAAUCAAGCCCGCUCUUGUGACUAUUCAAAACAACGCCUUGUUCCACGGGCUUGCCAAUGAAUCAUCGCGAGAGCAUUUUCAAAGGUUUCUUGAGCUUGCGGGAAGCCUGGAGAUAAAUGGCGUCCCUGAGAAGGCAUUGCAACUAAGGGUAUUCCCCUGCUCUCUUGCAGGGAAGGCGCUCCGAUGGCUCAACAACCGACCAACUCGAUCCAUCACCUCUUGGGACGAUUUACUCAACUAGUUCAUGACCCGAUAUUGUCCUCCUUCCAAGACGGCCGAGUGGAGGAAGAAGAUCACUCACUUUGAGCAAGAGGAAAAUGUGACGUUGAGGGAUGUAUGGGAAAGAUUCUCCGACAUCUACCCCCAAUGCCCUCACCAUGGAUUCAAGGAGCAAUUUCGGAUAGAGACUUUAUAUGGCGGUCUCAUUCAAGAUGAUAAGAUUCUCAUCGACUCUCUUUGCCAAGGGAUGUUGAUGAACAUGACCCCACUUUAACCGAAUGAGAAGAUAUGGCUCUCAGAGGAUAUGAUUGGGGCUUCACAAGAAGUGAUAAGAGAAGCACUGAAAGAGGAGUGCAAAGUGUGGGAGAAAGUGCUACACUUGAAGCAAAGCUUGACAAGUUGAUCGAGGUGAUUCUUGAGGGUAAGAAGCAAGGGAAGGAGUUGUUGGUGCCAUACGAUUGUGGUGCAAGUUUGGGCUAUGAGGAAGCCGAGUGCCAAAUGAUGAAUGAGGAAACGACCCAUUACGAGCAGAUGAAAUCUAUCUCCCUUGUGCAUGCUGACCGGAGGUCUUGUCUAGAGGAGCAAGUGACCACCUUUGUUGACUCCAGGUCUGAGAAGUUUGAAAAAAAUUGAGAGGUUCAUAGGGGAGGUAACAGAGAAAUUCUCAACCAUAGAGGCGGGGUUGCAAAGUCACCAAUCACUCUUGGCAACCUUGACCACAAGUAUGAGGAUUAUCUUGCAGGCAGGUCUUUCCCAUAAGCAAUUCAAUAAAGCGGGAGUAGGGGCGGUUAAUCUUCGAAGUGGGAGAGAAGCGAAUGAGCUAUCUCCGAAGAAGAAGCCAUCUGAGACAAAAGAGCAAGAUGGAUCUUGUAGUUUCCCCGAACAACUAGGGGGCACAAGUGCAAAUGGAGGGUAGAAGGUCGAUUCGAUUCCUCCACCGGAGUAGAGGAGGGAAAAAGCAACUCCAACUAUUCCCUAUCCUUCUAGACUCUGCAAUGACCGCAUGGCGGAAGAGUUUGCCCACUUCAUUAAGUUGAUGAACAAGUUGCACCUCAACAUCCCUUUCGUGGAGGCCCUCACCCAGAUGCCUAGGUAUGCAAAGUACUUUAAGGACCUCCUCACCAAUAAAAAGAAGCUGGAAGGGAUGGAUACAACGACUUUGAAUAAAGAGUGCUCGGCCAUCAUGUAGAACCACCUGCCCACAAAACGCAAAGAUCCAGGGAGUUUCACUAUCCCUUGUUUUAUUGGCAACAUGUGCAUAGGAAAAUCCUUGACAGACCUAGGAGGAAGUAUAAAUGUGAUGCCUUAUAUGUUGUUUCAAAAGUUAGACCUGGGUGAACCUAGAACUAACAUGACGAAUAUCCAGUUGGCGGAUAGGUCCAUUGUGAGGCCUAAGGGUGUUGUUGAAGACUUACUUAUGAAGGUAGGGCCUCUCAUUUACCCUGUCGAUUUCGUCAUUCUAGACAUUGAUGACAACAUCGAUGUCCCCCUCAUCCUGGUAGACCUUUCUUAGCUACCGCCAAGGCCUUAAUUGUUGUGCAUGGAGGAAGAAGUAGGGGUGGGCAACGGGAAACGGGUAUUUGGGUAUACCUGUACCCGUCCCAUUUUUUAAGGGUUACGGGUACCCAUAUUACCCGUAAUAUUAUAAACGGAUGGGAUUUGGGAUUGUACAUUCUUAAUAUGGGUACCCGCGGGUUAUCCGCGAAUACCCGUUUCGGUAAUAUGGGUACCCGUUAUACCCAUUCAAUACAAAGGCAACCCAACCCAAUUCAAAACCCAUUGGCCAUUUCGGCCCUCACCCUUGCAAUUUCAAUUCCAUUUGCCAUUUGAGCCUAGGGCCCUUACCCUUUCAGUGAGACUCAGCUUCUCUGCUAUAGAUUUUAGCUUCUCAUGAACCUAAAAAUUAGGGCACUUUCUGCAUUCAGCAACACAAGAAAGUAGCAGCAUGCCUCCCAUUUGGUUGUGUUGAAUGAAACUUCUUAUUUGAU